GGGGUCCCGGGGGUCCCUGCCCAACCGGGGGUCUCCGCAGGGACCCCCCGCAAGCAGCGGCGGGAGCGCACCACCUUCACCCGGGCACAGCUGGACGUGCUGGAGGCGCUGUUCGCCAAAACGCGGUACCCGGACAUCUUCAUGAGAGAGGAGGUGGCCCUGAAAAUCAACCUGCCCGAGUCCCGCGUGCAGUCCCGGGUCCACGGACAAUUCCGGGGGUCCCCCGGGCUGGGGUUUGGGGGUGCCGCGGAUUGCCUGGAGCUGAAGGAGCCGGGCAGCGCCUGGAAGGUGAAUUUGGGGGGCGCCGAUUGCCUGGAGUACAAGGAGCAGAGCACCUGGAAGUUCCAGGUGUUGUAGGGAGGAGAUUUUGGGGGAAAUUCCGGGAGAUCCGGACAAUUCCCGGGACCACCGACAAUUCCCGGGAACACCGACAAUUCCCGGGACCACCGACAAUUCAUUACCGGAGCGCGGAUAAUUAAUCCCCGGGACGCGGGCAAUUAAUUCCCGGGACCACGAACAAUUCCCGGGACCACGGAUAAUUCCCGGAACCGACCACGGACAAUUCCCGGGACACCAAUUAUUAAUUACCGGGGUGCGGAUAAUUAAUUCCCGAGGCGAGGAAAAUUCCCGGAGGCGCGGAUAAUUAAUUCCCGGGGGCGCGGAUAAUUAAAUCCCGGGACCACGAACAAUUCCCGGGACCACGAACAAUUCCCCGGGCGUGGAUAAUUAAUUACCGGGGCACGAAUAAUUCAUUACGGGGGGACCGAUAAUUAAAUCCCGGGCCACAAACAAUUACCGGGGCCACAAACAAUUACCGGAGCGCGGAUAAUUAAUCCCCGGGACGCGGAUUAUUAAUUACCGGGGGGCCGAUAAUCAAUUCCCGGGACCACGGAAAAUUCCCGGGACCGACCACGGACAAUUCCCGGGACACCGAUAAUUAAUCAAUCCCGGGGCGCGGAUAAUUAAUUCCCGAGGCGAGGAAAAUACCCGGAGGCGCGGAUAAUUAAUUACCGGGGGGCCGAUAAUUAAAUCCCGGGACCACGAACAAUUCCCGGGACCACGAACAAUUCCCGGAGCGAGGACAAUUAAUUACCGGAGCGUGGAUAAUUAAUUACCGGGAGGCGGAUAAUCAAUUCCCAGGACCACGGACAAUUCCCGGGGCACGGAUAAUUAAUCCACGGGACACCAAUAAUUAAUUCCCGAGGCACCGAUAACUAAAUCCCGAGGCACCGAUAAUUAAAUCCCGAGGCACCGAUAAUUAAUUCCCGAGGCACGGACAAUCGGACAAUUCCCAAGGCACCGAUAAUUAAAUCCCGAGGCGCGGAUAAUUAAUUACGGGGGGUGCGGAUAAUUAAUUACCGGGGGCCGAUAAUUAAUUCCCGGGGGGCAGACCAUCCCCAGCCCCCCGAGAAUUCCCGGGAUGUGGAUAAUUAAUUCCCGAGGCACCGAUAAUUAAUUCCCGGGGCGUGGAUAAUUAAAAUUAACAGAGGAAAUCCCGGCGGGAUGGAGCAUUCCCCGAUCCUCGGGGGAUCCCCGGAUUUUUGGGGGACCCCAGAACCCUGAGGGAUCCCCGGAUUUAGGGGGGACCCCGAGGGAUCCCCGGAUUUUUUGGGGACCCCAGGACCAUUCCCAAGGGAUCCCCGGAUUUCUGGGGGACGCCAGGACCGUUCCCGAGGGAUCCCCGGAUUUUUGGGGGACCCCGGGGAAUCCCCGGAUUUAGGGGGGACCCCGGGGAAUCCCCGGAAUUUUGGGGGACCCCAGGACCAUUCCCGAGGGAUCCCCGGAUUUAGGGGGG